AUGGAUUUUUAUAAUAGCGGACAAAAUGGUGUAAAAGUGGACACAAUGACGAGUAGAGAUUAUUUGAAUUACUUGGAUUCAAAUGAAUUGAAUGCACAGAUUCUUGAAUUGCAAUACACGGGAAGGGAAAUCAGUUUUAUCGUUGUUUUACCCAAACGUAGAGAUGAGAUUAAUCCCAAACCAAUAGCACUGACCCCUAAAGCGGACUUUUCACGAAUCAACCCAAAUGUGGGCCAAGCGGUGGCUAAAGUCAUACACAAGACUUUUAUAUCAGUCGAUGUGAUGGGUACAGAAGCGGCUGCCAUUAUGGCCAUCAGACUAUUUAAAUUGUCCGGUUUUUAUACAAAUACUAAACCUAUUAUAUUCAGAGCUGACCACCCAUUCCUAUACUUUAUAAGAGACAAAACUAAUGGAUUGAUACUAUUUUAUGGGCAAAUCAACCAACUUUAA